AUGCGCCAACUGUUUGAGAGGGCUAUAAUUGCUUCAACAUUCCUGCUUCUCUUUCUGUGGAUCACGUUCCUCGACUGGGUCAGCCCACCCCGCAUUGCAAAUGAAGACAAUAAAGCGCAAGAAACGACGAAUACACCACAGCUGUGUACUGAUGCCAAUUGGUCUGCUGGAAGUGCGUUCUUCACACUUACGGCUCUGAUAUUUGGAUAUAUAGCUCACCCGCGCGGGUGUCUUUUCUGGAAUCGUUCUGGGCGCAUGUGGCGAUUGACUCCAGCCUUUGCGUUCCUGGAACUCUGUAUCAUAUGGAAGAGGGUCGCCUUGAGUUUAUGGGAGCGGGUGCCUUUUCGAGUGAUUGCUCAUACUCUGAUGGCGGUACGGGUGGGCAACUCGUGGCAUCCCUCUGAUAUCAAAGAGUUUUUACAGAAGACAAGAGAGACUACGGACGGGGAAGCUCAACUGCUUUCUACGGGCGAAACCCAUAUCCACGGCCCAUAUCGACCGCUGGGACGCUUUAAACCCCGAGAUGAAUUACGAUACUACGCAACCUGCGACUUGAUAUUCCAAGAACAUCUCAAUAUCGUCGGCGAUUUCGAGAGAGGUCCCUCUUUCCGUAUCUUCAUAUGGAUUCCCAUGGUCCUACAGGCGAUCAAGCUGGGUAUCGUUGGAGGACCUGGGGCAAUACUCACUCAAGUCGCCGGUUGGGUCUACUUUAUGGCAUGGCUAAGCAUCGAGAUUCUCAUGAUAGCAAUUGCUGAACGGCCUCUGACUGUACCUGAACGCGAACGCGCGACAUCUCUCAGCAGGCGGUGGAGAAAGAACUUUGAAACCCCUGAUCUUAAGAACGAUCUUUCAGAAUUAUAUCUACAAGUUAUUCCUCCGGCUACAUUCAAUAUAUCCAUUGUUUUCGGCCUCAUAGUUGCGGGUUGCGACUUCUUUUGGACAAUUUUUCUAUGUUCACUCAGCCCCGGGAGCAAGGCGGGAAAUACCCCGAGUACGCCUCUCAGCUUUCUUGAAACCGCGGUUUCUAAUCUAGAAUCCAUAGCGAUAUGGGUUUCUGCAGGAAUCUUCUGCUUUGUAGUGAUGUAUCCUGGCCCAGCGCUGCUUUCUCAACGGCUUCUGCACUUGAUCUGGAGAACUUUGACCUCGUAUUUGGGGCUAGAUCUUGGGCCAUUAUGGUUUGAAGACAGCCUAGGUGAUCUCGAGCCGCUGUGGCCUGGAUACCUUGCGUCGUAUAAUUAUUUCAUCAUCAUUCUUUUCCACACAGGCAUUUGGUGGGCGAAGCCUUUUGAGUGCUGGGAAACCGUGAAGCCGGCUUACUAUGAUUGGCUUGGUUGA